AUGUCAACAGUCCAAAACUACCACGACGCGCUCUUGGCCCUAUCGGGCAACCCUGCCCUCGCAGCUGCAAGAAGUGGUCUUCUCGUAGGCAUGAGCGGCGAAGAACUCAUCGACGUGAUCACCUGCGGACUCAAGACUGGCGUUUCCAGAGAAAGCCUCAAUACCAUUGCGACACAGUUGUUUGAAGAAAUUGCAGCGACUCAAGCAGGCGGUGGGGUAGCACCGGUGGAAGACAAGGAUGGCGGCGACGUCGCUGAUGACAGCGACGAUGUUGUCCGCAACAAAGGCCGGACUCCUCGCAGGCGUGCAAAACGCGGAGGCAAAGCCAGCGCAGACCCCAACAGCGAGAGCAACUCCAUCAUUGAUUGUGAAACUGAAGAGAAGAGGAGGCAAUCUUGCGCGAGCAGGGAAGAGGACAAGAGCCAGACAGAGGAAGAAGACCAGGUCCAGACACAGAUUUCAGAUGAGGAGGGGGAGGCGGAAAUCAUCGUCGGUGAUGUAACAGAAGGAGAUGCCAACACCGCCGGGGACACCAACAGCGAUACCGAUGCCACCCCCGAUGAAAUCAGAGUGACACCCUGGACAGAAAUCCAAGAGGAAUCGGUCAUGCUCGAUCUAAGCCUCACCGACAGCGAAGAUGGGCGCAGCAGCGACGAAGACUAUACCGAAGAGUUCGCUGAUACAGAGCUAACUUGCGGAGGCAUUCGGGACAGACCUUCAGCUACAUCCGAAAGUCUUUUCCUGCCUGAAAUCGACGUACUUUUCCGGGUACCCACCGCAGAAGGCUUCGAGUUCAACGAAAUGGACGAAUUUCCAAUCGCAUUCGUCAAAGAAAUGACCCGAGAAGAGGCUGUGCGCUAG